AUGGAUUUUCCCUUCUGUUUCAUUGCGGUCCGCCAUUUGGGCGCAGAACGAAUAGGCCACUAUGAACAUGUCGUCGUCGAAACAGUCAAAGGCUUAUUCGGAGCAAAGUCUGCACCGGAGGAACAGAGCCAGGAAGAGGUCUCAGCUGCCCAGUCUGGCCAGCAAACCGCAGAAGCUCAGAAGAAGAAUAAUGGCGACGGACCCAGUUUGUGGACUCAGCUCGCCCUGGCGUAUGCAGUUCACAAGAGUCUCAUCUUCAUUCGCGUACCCCUGACCGCCGCCAUAACCCCCAAAGUCGUCAAGGUCCUAAGAGUAUGGGGGUGGGAUCUCGCGAAGCGGAGGCCAAGGGGCAUGUAA